AUGUCUCCGGAUCGUAGUUGGAUCACUAAGCGAAUAAAACCCGGUGGAUAUGGUUUUACGGAUGAAUAUAAUGAGGGGGUUAAAUAUUUUUUGGCAUUUGCGCGAAGUAAUUCUAGUAAGCCGAAUGAUCCGAAUCUUUUGAUUAAUUGUCCUUGCAAUACAUGUCGGAAUGCAUUAUACCAACUCAUUCCCGAUGUCGAGUUCCAUUUAUUUGCAACCGGUUUUCUUGAGAGUUAUACUAUAUGGAGCUUUCACGGUGAAGCUAGUGCAUCAAGAAAUGAACAAAUGGAUGAUCGGGAAGAUGUGUUUGACGAGUAUGAAAUGUUUAUGGAUGCUAUUGGUGGGGGUGCAUUUGGAGCGGAAAAUAGUAGCCACGAGGACCCGAAUGAGCAAGCAUCAACCUUCUUAGAUAACGUGAAUAAAGUUGGUGAGCCAAUAUACCCGGGCAAUCUCAAAUAUUCUCAAUUGAAGUUUGUUACGAAAUUACUCCAUUGGAAUCGCAACAAAUGUAGUGAUAAAGCUUUUGAUGAGUUGCUCCUUUUGCUUGGAGAUGUGUUCCCGGAUAAACAUAAGCUUCCUCUCAACUAUUAUGCUGUUAAGAAGAUGGUUAAACGGUUGAGUUUGGGAUAUGAAAAAAUACAUGCAUGCGAGAAUGAUUGUAUGUUGUUCUAUGGCGGUGAUAAAGAUCUAAGAAAUUGCAAGUAUUGUAAAUUGAGUCGAUAUAAAGCUACAACAAAUGCUGGGAAUAAUACUGUUCCAAGAAAGGUUUUGAGACAUUUCAAAAUCACUGACCGUUUGCAGCGUUUGUACAUGUCUACCCGCACGGCUGCACAUAUGAAGUAUCACAAGAACAGAAUUGUGACUGAAGGGAUUCUCACUCAUCCUGCAGAUGGAGAAGAAUGGAAAGAGUUCGAUAAGAAUUUGAUACUCUCAAGGUUUUGA